AUGAGCAGCGACGCCGAUGAUGUUAUCUCCCUAUUCCGCAUCCACACAGCGGCUCUUGCCAGGCAAGAUUGGGCCACAAUUACGGCCAGGCUCCAUCCCAACCUUACUCGAAAUCACAUUGCUCUCACCGCCGAGCAGUAUGUUAAUCAAGCGAAGGAGGGGUUCAAGGCGAUACCCGACUUGGAAGUCACCCUAGACCAGGCUUUCGCCGAUAAAAGCAACAACUUUGUGUUUGGUCGAUUGAUCGUGCGCGGCACUCUCAAACAAGAGUUUAUGGGAAUCAAGCCCUCUGGAAGACCAUUUGAAUUCUCAGAACUCACAAUUUACGAGUAUAGAGAUGGUAAAGUUUUUCGAAUUCUCACGGCUACGGACAAAGAGUCAAUAAAGAAUCAGGUUGAGAGCCUUCCCCGGACACCAUUUGAUACAGGAUACGGCUAUGGGCUCCCUGAAGAGACAACUGGUCUGAAAGAGAAAUUUACAUCUUUCAUUGAAGGCAUAACUAAGGGAAAUGUGAAAGAAUCCGUCGCCAAAUAUUGCGCUUCCAGUGUUCUAUUUAAUGGCACACAGAAUAUUACAAGGGAAGAGAUAGUUCAACAAAACUUGACCAUACAAGACGCACUUACAGACUUGAAAGUGGAAUUUGACGGGCUAGUGGUUGAUGAAGAGCACCAGCGAGUUGGCUCCGCUUACUUUGUCACUGGACGAGUCACCAAGCCCUUCAAAGACUAUUCGCCGGGUCAAAUCGUUCAACAAUACAAGUACGCCAUCCAUUUCAUUAACGAGGAUGGGCAACUUGGGGCUAUUACGUCAGUAGUAGAGAGCGAAAAAGCUAUUGAUCAGGGUAACGAGGCUGCGCAUUGA